UUGAGUCGAAUGCUCUCCUAUUUGUGUACAAGUACGAAUAUUUUGUGAAUGAAUGGUGGACUUGUCGAAAUAUAUACGUAUAACUGCUCUAAAAUUGUGUAGUGGAAGACCUUGACAAUGGCCAACUCUCUGGCGACUUGUGCUGUACGCUUUGGUCGUCAGAAGUUGCCAGCCGCAGCAAGUUCAGUUUACAUCCAGAAGAGAGAUGCUGGUAGUGAUUUGGCAGCGUGUAAAAGAGGGCGUGGUGGGAGAUCGUCAUUCAGUGGAGUGGUGGCUACAGUCUUUGGAGCCUCAGGAUUUAUGGGAAGACAUAUUGUAAACAGAUUAGGUCAGAUUGGAUCCCAGGUGAUUAUUCCGUACAGAGGAGACACAUAUAGAGUGGCAAGACUGAAGUUGGCUGGAGACCUGGGACAGAUCUUGUUCACACCAAUAGACAGCAUAUACCAUGAGGACCAGUUGAGGAAAGCGAUGAUGCACUCCAAUUUGGUCAUCAACCUGAUCGGAAAAGAGUUUGAGACAGAGUCCUAUGAUUUUCAUGACUUGUAUGUGGACGGUGCAGUUCAGAUCGCUAAAAUUGCCAAGGAGAUGGGUGUAGAGAGGUUAAUCCAUUUUUCUCACCUGAAUGCAGACCCCAAGCGCACUGAUCUCAUUCAUUUCGGUGAUGAUAUUCCAAAAGGAAAUUCUAUGUUACAGAAAAAGUGGGAAGGUGACCAGGCAGUGAGGGAGAUUUUUCCAGAGGCGAUAAUAUUCAGACCAGCAGAUAUUUAUGGAAUCAAAGAUAGAUACUUGUACAAAUACAUUUACAGGCGUCGCUAUGGGAUGUUCAGUCGCAAGCUCCCAAUCUGGAGAAAGGGACAUGAAACGGUCAAACAGCCAAUCUUCGCUGGUGAUGUUGCCACUGGAGUGAUGAACGCAGUCUUUGACGCAGACGCUCCCGGAAACACAUAUUACUGCGUAGGACCUGAGAGGUAUACCUUAAACAACAUUGUAGAACACCUCACCAAACUAAGCCACAAGGACAUCAAGAAAAUUACAGACCUCGAUGUUUCAUACAUACGGAAGUUGAUAAGACAGAGAAAUAACAGACAGAUUAAUUUUGAUUCUCUACAAAGAGAAGCACUCUCUGAUUUCAUCGUGGACAGAGAUGUGGCCAAGACUCUGGAAGACCUUCACGUCCAGCCUCGCAGUCUGAGAGACAUGGCCAGAAUCGUAGUCAACCCAUACAUCACCUUCCAGGUUAUCGACAAGGAGUAUAUCACUAGGGAGGUACACAUCCCGGACCUGGUACCAGUGGAUGAUUAAAAGUCAGGUGUCCCUGACCUCAUACCAGUGGAGGAUUAACAGUCGACAGAGGGUUUCUUGUGUUUAGAGGGGGACAGUGCAGAAAAUCUGAUACGCCCGUGCUGGAAUUUUGUGACAGAUAUUUAAAUGAAGAAAUAAUAAAUAUUUUGUUGAUUUC